UGAAUAUCAAUUUAUCAUACAUCUGAAAAUCAUCAGACAGUUUUCUUCUGAUUUUCCUAUCUAAUCGACUUACCCACACCAAACAAAAAAAAUGGAUGGGGACGCUCUUGAAUGAGGCCAAUGCUUACUAUAGACGAGUACCUUUUAGGUACCAGUAUUGUGAUUACGUCAGGUGAAACAGGUCGACAUGCCGAAAUAUAAGGACAUCCUGCCGUUGUUGCUACUGUUCUCUCCAGCUCUUGCUGCAGAAAAUUACCGCUUACCAACGGAUAUCAAACCAACCCAUUACAAGCUCCAUUUAGAAGCUAACCCCGAGGAAUCAAUAUACAGCGGUCAGGUAGAAAUAACUCUGGAGGUUAGCAAGAAAAAUCAAUCUGAGCUGUCCCUUCACGCCCAUUCAAGCUUAAUCACAAUCAGCGACAUCAAGUAUGACGGAAACAUCAGCUGCAGCACGUCUUCAGCCAGUAAUGUCACAGACAUUAUCAGCAUCAGCUGUCCAACACCGUUGGCUUCAGGAAAAACCUUGAACAUCACUUUCAUGGGAACGUUUGCUACUCAAGACAUGUCUGGGUUCUACAAGAGUACGUACGAUGACAAGCAGGUUCUGGUUGCCACUCAGUUUGAGCCUAUUUAUGCCAGGAGAGCCUUCCCUUGUUUCGAUGAGCCUGGCUUCAAGGCUACCUUCGAUAUUUCCAUUACUCAUCCUGUCGCGUAUAAUGUGUUGGCUAAUACUCCUGCUGUUCCAGAGAAAACGACUAUUAGUGGUUCCGAAAAAACAACCGUAUUCAGAACGACACCAAAAAUGUCUACCUACCUAGUCGCCUUCAUAGUAUCCCACUUCGAGCCAGCUCUGAAAUCUCCAGGAAAAUACAACGUAUAUGCCAGACCGAGUGCGAGUCAUACGAUGGGACUGUCUACCAAGUACGGAGAAUAUCUAGUAGAUUCAAUGGGAAAGUGGAUGGGAAUCAGCUAUACCGACCUAGGCGAUCCCCAGGUCGCCCAAGUCGCCAUUCCAGAUUUUGCAGCUGGUGCCAUGGAAAACUGGGGCCUCAUCACUUUCAGAGAAGUGGACCUUCUGGACGAAGGCGACAAAACAUCUAAUUCAGCAAGACAGAGGGUGAUGACGACAAUGGCUCAUGAAAUUGCUCACCAGUGGUUUGGUGAUUACGUCACUCUAGACUGGUGGUCUGACACUUGGUUGAACGAAGGUUUCGCUACGUAUUUCCAGUAUUAUCUAGCCAACUCAGUAGAUAAUGGUACCAUGGAGCUAGAUAAACAAUUCGUUCUUGAAACGUUUCAACCGAUUUUGGAAGAAGACUGUCUCCCUUCAUCUCUGCCACUUUCUAGCCCAGAAAAAGAGAUCAAUUCGUUGGUUGAAAUUAAUAACAAAUUUGAUGGGAUUUCUUAUUCGAAAGGUGGAAGCAUUGUUAGAAUGAUGCAAUUCAUACUGGGAGACACUAUUUUCCAGAAAGGAUUGAAUUCUUAUUUAUCAGCAAAUAAAUACAGCAACACCAGUCCAUCGAUCCUUCUGAAAUACCUCCAGAAUGCUGCUGGUAAAAAUGUACCUGACUUCCAAAACAAGAUGAAAAACUGGAUUCAUACUGCUGGUUUUCCACUACUCACCGUGACGCAAAGUGACGACAAAACAGUCAAUGUCACACAGACAAUUUUCAAUAGAAAUGACACCACUCAAUGGUUUGUCCCCAUAAGCUACACCAAUAGCAGCGAGAAAGAUUUCAGCGUGAAAAUCAAGGGUUGGCUGGAACCAAACAAACCCUUCCAAAUACCCCACAAAAGCUCCGAAUGGUUGAUAAUCAAUCUCCAAGCAAGCGGAUUCUACAGGGUGAACUACGAUAGCCAGCUGUGGGAUAACAUCAUUAAGGCCCUCAAAGGCAAAGAUAAGGAUUCUAUAGACUCCCUGAAUAGGGCCCAACUUAUCAAUGACAUAUUCAAUAUUGCCAAGGUCGGACAAAUUGACUAUGAAAAAGCGUUUGCGUUGGUCCAGUAUUUGAAGGAUGAGACUGACUACUAUGCAUGGGACUCAGCUUUGACAGCGUUCGAGUAUCUGUUGGGAAAGUUGGAUGAGAAAACUGAGAAGCUGUUGAAGAGUAUGAUUCUGGACUUACUGAAUAGCGCUUUUCCUAGUACCACAGAAUAUGUAACACACAUUGAUAAGCUGAAGGAAAAUCUGAUUAGCUCUUGGGCAUGCAAUUUAAAUCAAGAGCAGUGUAUUAGUGACGCGAAAAAAUCUUUCCAGGAAUAUAAAACCAAUUCCAGCUCACUAGAUAACAAUUUGAGAGACGUAGUUUUGUGUUAUGGAUUGAAGAAUAGUGAGAAAGUCACUGACGAUUAUAAUUUCUUGUUGAAUGUAUUCGAAAAAUCCACUUCUCCAGUUGAGCAACAUGCCAUCCUUGUAGCAUUGGGAUGUAUUGAAGAUGAGGAAGUUCUCCUUGAAUAUUUAUCGCUUACAAUCAACAAAACUUCUUCUAUCAGACAACAAGAUUAUUCUACUCUGUUUUCUUCAGUAUACUACAAAAGUAAGAAAGGAUUGAAUGUCGCUUUAUCGUUUUUGGAAGACAAUUUUGAUAAAAUAGAAGAAAGUUAUGGAGGGGUGAACGAGAUUAGCGGAUUGAUUACUGGUUUGGCUGAUAAACUGACGACGGACUCACAAAUAGAGAAGGCAAGUAUCAAAAGAAGUGCGAUUGCUUAGAGAUUCAUAUUCCUACCAAGAGAUUGCUUUCUAGUGUAUUAUAGCAAAUUUCUUGAAUGUGCCUCAUAGUAGGGGAGGCUAAGAGGCUAAAUAGGGAUUUACUCGAGCGUCGUGGGGACGUAUCAGAUUGUGAAGAUCAGAUGCGAUAACGAAAAAAAGUUAAUACAGGGUGUUCCAUUGGGAAACGAAAAUACUUUAACGGUGGAUAGAGGUGACCAAGGUGGUUCUGAAUAUACCAUAUAUUAUCGUUGUGUCUUACAUGUUUCAUUAUCGAGAUAUAGGGUGUUUUAUCAAUUCUGGUCAUUUCUUUAAAGGCUCAUGGCAUACGAACCACCUGGUAUAUUUUUUAAUACACUCAGUUCCAAGAAAAGUGACUCACUUGAUAUUUGACAUAUCUUUAAAAAAAAAUUGUAGGCCGAUUUUCUUUUUUUUUUAUUUGUUGGUAGGUAAUGUCUUUAAAAAAAAUAAGGAGGUGGACAUUUUUUUCAAAGCCUCCUUGAUGGUGGUGAAAUAACUCGAACCAUGAUUUAUUCUUAAUUCUUGACUCACCCUGUAUACUAAACAAAUUUUUACGCUCUCUUCAUUUUUUAAUUCAUUUCGGACUCAUUGUAGGUAGCUCAAUAACUUUCUCACUAUUUAAUUGAUGCAUUAUCCUCGUUUGACAUACUCAGUCAUUUUAAACCUUUUUAUUACGAACGCACCGAUAUGAAAUGUUGUAAAAUCUCAACCUACUAGUGUGACGUCAGCAUCAAGGUAGAGGGGAUAGACUAAGGCCCGGUGAGAUAGAGUAGGCUCUGGGCCCUGAUGUGUCGCGCUCGAAUAAAUCCCGAAAUCCCCACUUGGGCUUCCCUACUAUCAAAUCGACACAUAAAUUGUUGUUUUUCAGUUGACUGGAUUCAUUAAGGGGCACCAAAACAGUGAACAAGUCAAGAUUAUCGGUCAGAAAGCUAUGGAGCUGAUCAAAGCUAACAAAGAUUGGAAAGAUACUUAUAGUAGUCAAAUCAGAAAAGUGUUGUUGACCUAUGAGGGUAGUAGCCCUUCCUGGCUCCCCAGUUUUUCAGUGGUUGCUAUCUCUUUGAUAUUCAUUUGCCUCAACAUGUUUUGAGGUAAACCUACUUUUUCAACUUCAACAAAUAACAGUUGUGUGCUGAGUCUGAUGAGGUUAUGUGAUUCAUCAGAGUUGGCUUUGAGUCUUCAAGAUUCAAGGAAAAUGUAAGAUUUUUAUUGUUAGUGGUCAUUCGUCUUCCAAGUCUUAUUUGCAGGAGAAAAUGAAAAUUUGUAAAUGACAGAUUAUGAGGUUAUGUUAUUUGAUAUUGUAAGACAAUAAGUGUAAUAUACAUAUUAUGUUAGUACC